CUUCCUCCACCGUUUACCAACACCGUUUCUUCGCGCCUUUUUUCCCCCCAGCACAUUGUGCUAACAAAUUGUACUUCAAAUAUACUCGGAUAAAAUGAUAUUAAACGUAUAAAGUUUAUAUCAGAAACUACUAACACCUUGGGGCCCAAGUACCGUUAGGAAGAGGAUCGCGAUCAACGGGACGCCAGUGCGAUCGCGGCAGUGUGUGUGCGUGUGCGGGAGUGUAACAAAUACGAAAGACGAAAAGUCGAUGCGAAGAUAUAUCAAUUGCUUAAGUACUUAGAUCUUACAAAAGAAUACUACACCAUACACAAACACACGCACACACUCAGCAAUAUGCAUUAAACCAAAAAAGAAAACCGAAAAGAGACCCACAAAAAUGACCGAUGUAAAUUGUCUUACAAGUGAGCACAUUGCACCAACCACCACCACUGCGAGUCCACCAGGAACUCCCUCCAAAAAUGCUGGCACAGAUUCCGUCGAGCCGACAUCCCCGUUCGUUUUAAGAGCUCCGCCCAGUGCCAAAUCCAAACUGAUCCUCCAGAACAUGGAGGAAGUGCUGCACUCGGUGAAGCAGAAGCAUCGGGAGAAACACAAGCGAAAGCGGGAGGAGAAGCGCCGAGCAGCGCUAAUAGAGGACCAGAAGAACACCUCCGAGGAGGCCAAGGCGGAGGGCAAGGAGAAACCGCAGCCACUGCGCGAGAAAACCUCCCAAGAAAACGGUCUUAAAAACUGCCGACGGCGUUCCAGUCCGCUCAAGUCCAGCACUCCGGUGGCCGACAACCAGAGCAUCAUGAAGCACUUUGCCAAGGCAGGAAAGCCGGAGAACCUGGCUGCUUCCCCGGUGACAGCAGCCAAACCCAAGCCAGCCACUAAUGUCUUCGAGUUUAUGAUGAAUGCUCGGAAUCGCUCUUUAGGGGUAAAUGAAGGUGGUGCAGAAUCUCCCGCGGAUCAUGAGGCGGGCAGUGAGGCAGCAACGCCGACCACCAAGCGAAAGCUACUCCUCCAGGAGUGGAACGAACGCAAGGGCGGAGCCAAGAGAAGACUGGCGGACGAGGCUCGCGGGGAGUUCAUUGAACUGCAGAUGGAGCAGAGGGCAAAGAGAUUAAGGAAAAUGCUGACCAAGACUGACGCCAAAGAGGUGACGGCUCCAUCCUCAGCACCCACGGAUCCAACAGUCAAGCGUGUAAGAGGUCGACCGCGCUCUCGACGAAUCAGUUCCAUGGAUGCGCAGCCCGAAAUCGUGGAAUCAAAGUCCCAGGUUGUAGAAGCAAAAUCUCAGGAUCCAGAAACUGAAGAGUUUCUCUCGAAGCUUUCGUCGCCCACGAAAAAGCGUGACAGCCUAUUGGGCUACUUUGCCAAAGUGGAGUCCCCGAAGGAGUUAGCUGAAAAGGUGAUAGUUGCGAUCGAAACUCCACCUAUAGAGACACCCAAACGAAGGACGCUGCGCAGAAAGAGCCAGCAGGAGACACCCAUUGUUGCCGAAUCCACUCCCUCGGCAAGACCAAGACGAUCGUGUGUGGGAAAGGCGCGCUACGAUUACGAUCUGGAAAUAAGUCCCGGCAAGCAACAGAAGACGAAGACCCAAAAGGCAGACGAAUCUGUAGAGAUUAUUGACCUAGACAAUAGUAAUCCAGUUGCCACACCAAAGAAACUAGCGCCGCUUUUCGUCCGUCAAUUGCCAAAGCCCAGCCCAGAUCCGUCGGUUUUAAAGGCUCGACAGGCUUUUCUACAAUCCGGAGUUCCAGACAAAAUUCGGCAGGAGCAGAUCCGUCAAAAGAACUUCGAGCAGAUGUACGAAGAGAGCUAUGAAGUGUUUCCUAGACUUGCGCAUAUAGGUUGUGAAAGCUUCAGUUCCAAAGGUUGUCCUUUGGAGUUAACUAUUGCUCUGAGGGCAGAACAGGAAUUUUCAGAGGUUACCAAAGCGGUACCCUCCAACAAACGACGUUCCAAGACGAGUAGCAUCACCAGCUGCCUGCCCGCGGACUUUACAGGCAGCAAAACUUUAAACAAGUUCAACUAUGCUACUUUACCACAGCUGGAAAACAAGCGCGGCUUUGUGAAGCUCUGGAAGAAUGAUUUUGAUCGGUUUCCCACCUUUAAGUGCUAUAAUCAGAUGAGGGAGAAGUACCGCCACUUCAGCGCCAUUGACAGUGCACAGGAUACGCAGCAAAUGGGAGAAUCACUGGUGGUCACGCGGCGCACCCGUCGGUCAAUGGAGCGGAAUAUGGCACAGAACGAUGAGGAGGCGAAACCACCGCCUUCCGCUCCGAAUGGCGAGCUGCUCUUUACCGAGAAGUACAAACCGCUGCUGUUCGAACAGGUUCUGGUGAAUCUGACGCCAGUGCAGGAGCUUAGGGAGUUCCUGUCCAGCUGGAGUGGAAAUGGAGGCAGCAAUCGCAACUCGCAGGGCAUGGAUGACACCUACGACAUGAGCAACGAUUCGGCAUCAAUGGGAUCAAGUAGCAACACGAUGGUUCUGGUGGGACCUUCAUCUAGCGGGAAAACCAAUGCCGUCUUCACCUUAGCCAACGACAUGAACUUUAAUGUCUUGGAGAUAAAUGCAGGGAUGAAGAGGACGGGCAAGAAGUUGAUACAGGAACUCCAAGAGGCCACGCAGUCUCAUCAGAUAAGGAAAGACAGAAAUACGGGUGGGGGAUCCUCACAGCAAUUGCUUCAAAAGUUGCAAAAGAGUGGUUUGAAGGCAAAAACAGCCACAGUGGAACCCCCAUCCGAAGUACGGAAAUCUCUGAUCCUAAUCGAAGAUGCUGAUAUCCUGUUCGAUAACAUGGAUGCUGGAUUUACGGAUGCCAUUUAUACCUUAGCCGCCAGUUCCAAGAGGCCGGUCAUUGUAGUUGCCACGGAUCCAAAUUGUGCGCACUUGCAGCGCCUAAUGCAGCAGAAUAUAAUCCAUUUUCAAGCCCCAAACGCAUUGAACAUCUCCCGGUUCCUGGCCGUUUUAUCGCUAAUGGAAAACUGUCCCAUCGAGUUGGAUGAGUUAAUAUCCCUGUAUCUGUACAACGAGCAGAAUCUGCGCAAGACGUUAAUGGAGCUGCAGUUCUACAUUCAGAGUGGUGGAGAUCCGACUGGCGGUAGGACGGGUAGCAUUAAAUCGCCAACGAAAUCCUCAAAUAGCCGACUGGCCACUGUCGAUGGCAGUCGAAUCCAUCAGCGAUUUUUUGAGUUCUUUACAAGUCCGCAGAAUGUGCAGUACCGGAUACCCUUUCCCGUUGACUUUAGUCUUUUGCGUUUAAAUCUCCCCGAUCUUAUGGCUUGUUCGCCUCGGCUAAACGAGCAGCAGCCACCGGCUGGGGCAAGUAGGACCACUGCCAAGCGGAAGUCCCGCUCACCGAAGAAAGCCUGGUUGAGCAGCGCCACAGGGCAGAAGUCCGAUGGCUACAGCUCAUCGCUCGCCACGUUGUCUUCCUUUUAUGACAACAUUUCGGUGGCUGCUUUGAUGGACUCCGAUUGCAGUGAUCGCUUGCAGUGGCACCUGUCCGAGGAAAUCGGUCACCUGCUGGUGGAGCAGGCUCUCCAAACUGGACUCGCGACCACGGAGUGCCCCUACAAUCUGUUUGAUAAGCCGGUUCAGAGGGCUUCAAUUUGCGAGCACCUGGGCAACGGAAUUCUCCGUUCAGACUCCGCCAAAUCGCUGGACUUUGAGCCCACCCUGCGUUCCAUCUGCCGCAGCGAAAAAGAGCGGGCAGGACUCGAGCGGAAGUCGAGCAGAUUCUAUCACUAUCUGCGCAACCACACGGUCAACGUGACCAGUUUCACGAUGGAGCACUUCGACGCUGCAUGCAGUACGUUUCAAUCUACGCCCAGCAGCGAGCCAUCCGCGGAGGUCGAACCGAAAGAUUAGGCGUCGGUUGGGGUUUAGUUUAAUUUUUUGAGCAUGGUGGAGCAGCUCCACCGGCUUUGUUUGCAAUUUAUUCAGAUCGUGUAAGAAGAGUUGAUCUUUUUAGGAAAGCAUUGUGGACGUGAUGAUGUAGCUAUUAUGAGAUAUACCUAGAACUAUUUACAAUUUAACUACGCUAAAUUAAUUACGACCUCAUCCUAUGUUAAUAAAUCAAUCAAAUGACAUGUAAACCAA